AUGCUAGGCUUCUCUUCUAUCCCUCUCUGGGGGCUUUUGGUCUUUCUUUUGACUAUACCUCAAAGCGCACUCUGUACAUCUACUACAGUCUCGACCAUUUUUCAGUUCCCCAAUAUUGGAUCUUGGAUUGAAGGGAUUGCUGUUCGAGAAAAUGGAGACAUCCUGAUAACUCGCACGGACACUCCCGAGCUAUGGUCAAUUAACCCCUUGACCAAACAAGCCUCUUUGCUAUACACAUUUCCCAAUGCCACCAGCACUGUUGGAAUCACCGAGCUAUCACCUGGCAUCUACGCAGUGGGCGCCGGUAUAGUUGACCUGGCCACAACGGUGGCAACUGCCGGCAGCUUUGUCAUUUGGACUGUCGACUUACGAUUCCUCACCCCUCGAGCGAGCGUUCUCAAAGCAAUCCCCGAGGGCCAAUCUUUGAGCGGAAUGACUCUGUAUGAAGGAGGUGGCCCGCCACUUCUUCUUAUCGCGGACACCAAAAAGGGUGCAGUUUGGCGCCUGGAUCCCAGAACUGGGGCUUACUCGGUUGCAUUAUCAGACUCAAGCAUGCUCCCCGUGGAAGGGCUCCCUCCAAUUGGAAUCAAUGGGAUCAAGGUGUCAGGGCGCACUCUUUAUUAUACCAGCAGCACAAAGCAAGUAUUCUGUCGUGUAGCACUAAACACCGACGGUUCCGCUGCAGGGCCCAUUGAGGUUGUUGCUAGUGGCUUCUUCCAGGACGGGCUGGCACUGAAACCAGAUGGAACGGCAUAUAUUACAACUCAUCCGCGAAAUACAGUCCUUAAAGUCACUCCUAGUGGCGAGACGUCUGUCUUCGUGGGGAACUUGAAUUCAACUGCUGUUGCUGGAUCGACUGAUGCACAAUUUGGCUUUUAUUGGGGGCAGGAGGUCCUAUAUGUCACAACAAACGGGGCUCUGAGUGCACCGGUCAACGGAACAUUCACUGAACCGGCGAAGGUUGUUAUGGUCACUAUGUGCUAG